GACUGACCGCCACUUUUACAUUUUUAAUAUAAACCUCCAUACAUUUUAGCAAAUUUGCUACUGGAUAGUUUAAAAUCAGUGUUGGCAUGUAUUAUACACAUAAUGAAUAUCGACAAAUAGGAUAAACUUUUAAAAAAUAUCGGUUUAGUAAAUCAAAGCUACAAGCGAACAAUAUUAAACAUUGAAUGUAUAUUAUACAAGAUAAUCAUACGGUUCAGUAGCUUCUGUAAAAGGUUAACUUUUAUCUUGUAAAUAUGGAGUGAAGUGAUCCAACCUUCCAACUUAGCCGCUGCCCAGAACAUUUAACUUUUGGUAAAGUAAAGUGGGGGUGUUCCCCGGGACGUCCGAUCUGCUUUCGAUGUGUGAGGUCUUAACAGUUUUAUGUGAUCUGCCGAUCACUGUAAAUAUUUGUACGAAUGAACAUGCGACUGUAAUAUGUUCUACGAAUUCUGACACUUAGAUAUCAACGCUUGUCAUAUGCAUAAUUCAAUAAUAAUGGAAUUGCAGAGGAAUUUACUGGAUAUAUUUAAAAGGUGUUCAAUGACGAAAAUUUUAAUUAAUAUUUGAAUUAAUUAACAAAAUUAUAUUCUACAGACAAAAGUUGGAUACACUAUCAUUAUUUGUAUGACAUAAGAUAAGACAUUGGACAUAACACUUUAAUUAUUGAUGCUUUGAUGAAAUAAUGGUUAAUUUCAAUCACAACAAGAUAACUUUAUUUCCAGCUUUGUUUCUUUUAUUGACUGGGUGUACAACUAUACUAGGCAGGAGAAAAAGGGACAACAAAUCCUUCAAAUUUUCAGACUGCGGUUCUGAUCCAAAUCGUCCUAUACUUUUUCAUCAUGUGAAAAUUCAUCCAAAUCCUAUAGUAACACCGGGAACGCUGGAACUUUCUAUGGCGGGAAAUAUCACACAUGCCUUACCUAGACGUAUUUCUAUAGAGAUGAAAGUUACAAAAUAUUUCUUUAACAGAAUUCCAUUUAGUCUACCGUGCUUUGAAAACCAGAUAGGAUCAUGCACGUAUGACAAUAUUUGCCAAAAUUUAGAAAGAUUUGAAAAGAGACAAAGAUGUCCGAAACGUUUAAGACAUUUAGAUAUUCAGUGUUAUUGUCCAUUCCAUGCUGGAGUAUUUAGUGUGAAAAACCUAGCCGUAAAUAUACCUAGAAUAGGUGGAUACGCUGGCUCUUUUGUUAAAGUAAGAGGAGAUUAUGCAGUGAAUUUUAGAAUUCUGGACGAAGACAGUGGUGAACUAGGUUGUUUGAACUUGCGGUUUGCCAUGAAAAAACGAAAUAAAGGAUGGCUUUUCCGAAUAUAAUCAAAUGAACCUAUAUCAUUGCAUACAAUUACGGGUGAAUAUAGAUAUCUAUUGACGAACGGAUCAAAAUGAAAUCCAAACUUGAGUAAGAGAUGCUUUCAUCGGCUGUUCCUAUUAUUAUUUACAAUAUGCGCAGACUCAACUUGCACGUGACAUGUUGUCAGUGUCUACAAAAAUGAAAGUAUACAGCACGUGUUCAGUUUACUUUGUACGACAAUACUAAGCCGUUAGUUUUAGAAUUAAUAUGAUUCUCUUCAUUUCUCAUGCUCAUGAGAUAUUUACUGGCUGUUUAUGCUUUAUACAUAUUAAGCGGACAAAAAACAGUGAAUGUUGGUGACACAUUAUUCAAACAUUUGCAUCAGGAAUAUAAAAAGUAUGAAAGUAGAAACAGACAAUAGGUUGUAUUGCUGAUUUUGAGGAUCCCUUUAUAUUUUAUGUAUUAUUGUGCUUUUUUGGUUGUUUACUUUAAUAUUGUAAACUAUUGUUGCAUUAUAUAUUUCUUUUCAUGUCGAAUUAUUUGCAUUGUAUUUUCAUUAAUAUCAUGAUCAUAUUUAUAUUGCACCAUUCCCGAUCAUUUCAGUCUUUCAUGGUUUAAAGUUAAUAAUUCUGGUUUUAAAACAGAUGAAUUAACAAAAAGACUUAAAAGCGAGAUAACCGCUGACAUUUUUUUUUGCCUAUGAAGAUAUUGAAUAUCGCUUUCAAUAAACACCAACGAGGGAACGUAUACUAGUAUCGUUUAUUUCAGGGAUAAACAAUGAAUAUUCUGAAAUUUCCCUGAAAUUUUAUCUUUGCACUAAAUUUCUGCAAAUUUGAUUAAUAUUAGGCAAUCC